UUCCAGUAACCCGUACUUGGUAAAAACAAUAAUCGGGUCCCAUUUACCCACCCACUGCAUCUUAUCCUUUCCCAUUAUAUAAACUACUCUCAGUUUACAUACUCUAACUAAUCUAAAGAGUAAAGUCACACUCUCCUCUAUUCUCUCCACAUAUUUUCCCUCUUUCUUUACUAGAUUUAGUCAGAAAAAAGAAAUACAACAAACACCCAUAUUCUUCCUAUCUAAAUUCUUUUCAUAGCUUCUAGUUAGUUAACUAACGGUAUUAUAUUCGUUUAUCUAAAUUUAUACAUCUAAAUAUGAUUUCAUGGCACGACCUGUACACUGUACUGGCCGCUAUGGUGCCCCUUUAUGUAGCCAUGAUAUUAGCCUACGGCUCGGUCCGGUGGUGGAAGAUCUUCUCACCGGACCAAUGUUCUGGGAUUAACCGUUUCGUGGCGAUUUUCGCCGUGCCAUUGCUUUCUUUUCAUUUCAUAUCUACUAACAAUCCAUGGGAAAUGAACCUUCAUUUCAUUGCUGCUGACACUCUUCAGAAGGUCAUUAUGCUGGUGCUUUUAGCCCUUUGGACUAAUCUCACUCGCAACGGUAGUCUCGAGUGGAUGAUAACUAUAUUUUCGCUUUCAACUCUUCCUAAUACUCUUGUUAUGGGUAUCCCACUUCUCAUUGCUAUGUAUGGUCCGUAUUCAGGUAGUUUGAUGGUUCAAGUUGUGGUGCUUCAGUGUAUUAUUUGGUAUACACUUUUGUUAUUCUUGUUUGAAUAUCGUGGUGCUAAGAUUUUAAUCAUGGAGCAGUUUCCUGAAACUGCUGCAUCCAUUGUGUCGUUUAAGGUUGAUUCUGAUGUUGUGUCGUUAGAUGGUCGUGAUUUCCUUGAAACGGAUGCUGAGAUUGGUGAUGAUGGGAAACUUCAUGUUGUUGUUAGAAAAUCUAAUGUAUCAAGACGGUCUAUGUCGGGUAUGACCCCUAGACCGUCUAAUUUAACAGGAGCUGAGAUUUAUAGUCUCAGCUCCUCUCGAAAUCCGACCCCUAGAGGGUCGAAUUUUAAUACCUCUGAUUUUUAUUCUAUGAUGGGAUAUCAAGGAUUUGGUGGCAGGUUGUCAAAUUUUGGACCAGCCGAUUUGUACUCUGUGCAGUCCUCUCGAGGACCCACGCCUCGUCCUUCGAAUUUCGAUGAGAAUCCCAACCCGACUGCCUCUCCGAGGUUCGGGUAUUACCCGGCUACUUCGGGUCCUGCUUUGAAUUCUGUGGGUGGGUCGUACCCAGCCCCGAAUCCGGAGUUUGUUAAUGGGUCUGUUGGUGGUGGUGGUGGUGGAAGUGGUGGAGCUGCUAGUUCAAAUAAGAGCGGCGGGAAGAAUCAGAUGCAGCAGCCUGCGCCACAACAACAACAGCUACAGCUACCACAACAGCUACCGCAACUACCCCAACAGCAACAACAGGGUCACCACGAAAGUAAGCUGAGCCAUGAUGCAAAAGAGCUGCAUAUGUUCGUGUGGAGUUCUAGUGCAUCUCCUGUUUCAGAAGUAGGUGGGCUCCACGUAUUUGGCAGUAAUGAUUACGGAAAUUCUGAUCAAUCUGGUCGCUCUGAUCAGGGAGCUAAGGAAAUUCGGAUGUUGGUUUCAGAUCACCCACAAAAUGGUGAAACAAAAGCCCCAUUAUUGAUUUCAGGAGUUAGGAAAAGUGAGGAAUUUGCAAGGGAAGAUUUCAGCUUCACAGGUGGAGAAGAGGAGAAAGAAGAGAAAGACGGAGCGAUUCCGAUGGCGGCGUUAAACAAAUUGGCGUCCAGUUCGACUGCGGAGCUACACCCGAAAGUAGUGUCGGGUACAGCGGAAUUAGGUGGCGCAAAACAAAUGCCACCAGCAAGUGUAAUGACAAGAUUAAUCUUAAUCAUGGUUUGGAGAAAGCUCAUUAGAAAUCCUAACACGUACUCAAGUCUAAUCGGCCUAAUUUGGUCUUUGGUUUCUUUUCGAUGGCAUGUGGCAAUGCCAAAAAUAAUUGAGAAUUCAAUAUCAAUACUUUCAGAUGCUGGACUUGGUAUGGCUAUGUUCAGCUUAGGUUUGUUCAUGGCUUUACAACCCAAGAUGAUUGCUUGCGGGAAUAAAGUUGCUGGUUUUGCUAUGGCUGUGAGGUUCCUCACUGGUCCCGCUGUCAUGGCGGUCGCCGCCAUUGCUAUUGGUUUAAGGGGUGAUCUUCUAAGAGUGGCCAUCGUUCAGGCAGCACUUCCUCAAGGGAUUGUCCCAUUUGUUUUUGCCAAAGAGUACAACAAUCAUCCAGCUAUUCUGAGUACUGCCGUGAUCUUUGGGAUGUUGAUAGCACUACCAAUAACUUUGGUGUAUUACAUCCUUCUAGGACUGUAAAAACUCGUUAUCUUCAAAGUGAUUAAUUAUGUACUAUUUAGUAAUUGGGGGAGAUCAAAAUUCCAAAAUUCCAAAAUCCCAAGUGUUUGGACAACAUUAAAUGGGUGAAGAAGAGUAUAAAAUUUUUCCACUCCCAAGAUACUCUCUCCAUCUCAUCAAGUCUCUCAAAAGGUCUACAACAAGAAUUUCAAUGUUGCAAAUGGUCAAAAUGGGAUGUUGGGAAAAAGAAAAAUUUACUAAUUCUCUACAUUCACAAAGCAAUGCAAUGCAAGGUGAUUGGUUGUUACUUGUUAGAUCAAAAAGUUGACUCCAUCAAGGAAUUUGCUGCCUAAUAUGAGGAUCAUGCUCCCACUAACUUGUUCCCCAAAAAAAAAUAUUUAUUAUAAAAAAAAAAAACUUUGCAUCUGAUUUUUUUUUUAUUGAAGUUCGGGAAAAAGCAAUGGAGGGCUCACUUGGAGGAAACGCAGGCAAAAGAGAGGAAAAUAGGGAAAAAAUAGUGGUCCCAAAAUUUUAAAGUAGUGUUAGUAUUUUACCUAUUAUUAUUGGUACUACUAUGGUUUGGUAUCUAGUAGUAGUAGACUAGUAGUACUGUAUUGAUGAGGCGCAGUGUAAAUUUUGAUUUGUAAAUGCAACUUCUCCUAUGCAAAUUGUUUCUAGAUGGUUUUUUUUGGGUAAAAAUUCCAAUUACAUAAUA